AUGGAUUUUGAUUUUUUUGCGGAUUUCGAAGACACCGAAAAGACCAUAGUAUUAUUUGUUCCUCCCAACGUUCACGCCAACACCCGCCAAUCCUCGGUCGUCCCUUUUCUUUCUGUCCUUUUUGGUAUAUUAAGCAAGCGCAACUUCGUCACAAUGGCCAAGGACAAGUCCGAGAAGAAGGACAAGCGCGAGAAGAAGGAAAAGCGCUCGGAGAAGGAUGGCGUCCACAAGAGCAAGAAGGACAAGAAGGAAAAGAAGGACAAGACCGUUCUCGCCGAGGCAGUAGAGCAGGAGCUUACUAGCAAGGUUCUGGAUGGAAUCGACAAGGCCGUUGCUGCCGAUGUUAAUGGAACUGCUGAGGCUGGGAUGGAUGUCGACAGCCGCCCCGUCGGCGCACUUGUGCCAUUCGCCAACCCUCUGGUUGAGGACAAGCAGGCUAAGAAGGUUCUCAAGAGUGUGAAGAAGGCUGCCGUAAACAAGUGCCUGAAGCGUGGUGUCAAGGAAGUCGUCAAGGCUCUUCGCAAAUCGCCCAUCCCCGCCGCCAACGCUGACAUCUCCAUUCCCACCGCAGUUGUCAUCCUCGCCGCCGACAUUUCGCCUAUGGACGUCAUCUCACAUAUCCCCGUUCUCUGCGAAGACCACGGUAUCCCAUAUGUUUUUGUCACAUCGCGAGCCGAGCUGGGUAACUCGGCUGCUACCAAGCGCCCGACCAGUGUCGUCAUGGUUGUGCCCAAAUCAGCCUCGAAGGGCAAGAAGAAGGACGGCGAGUCGGAAGCCGACGGAGAGGAUUUCAGCGAAGUCUUUGAAGAGUUGGCCAAGCUCGUCCAGAAAGAGUCCAAGAAGGUGAACCUGUAA